GUCCCGACUCCUUCAUCGUCAUCUCUGUCCUUUGUUUGGCUCCAUACAAUCAUGGAAUACCCCGUUCUAUAGGGCCUAUAUAGCAUUAGAACCCUCGCUUUUUGCCUUAUCUAUCUCAGCUGUAUCCUGGAGAUCUUUCCCACUUACCCACCAUUCAAACUCAACGGUAGUAUAAAAAAACUACGACCUACCUACCUACCUACCUCCUCCCUAUCGGUCUCCACCAUGGAUUUCCUGCCGGAGUCUCUUCUCUCCCUCGUUCAACAACAUCCAACGCUCCAAACCCUGACCUCCACCCCCAUCACCUCCCACCUCGCCACCCUCCACUCUACCUAUUUCACCCCCUACAUCUCCAACCUGCGCACCACGUACCUGGACCCCUACCUCAUUCACCCGCUCGCCACGCUCCUCACCUCCUCCAUGCCCGACCUCGUCUCCGUCAUCAUCCUCGCUCUCGUCCUCCUCAUCUCCCUCAAGAUCCUCGAUUAUGCUCGCCGUCUCGUCAUGUUUUGGGUGAAUCUGGCCAUGCGCUUGCUUUGGUGGGCGCUUGUGCUGGCUGUCAUGUGGUACGUCUAUUCCGUUGGGAUUGAGAAAACGGGUCGUGAUGUAGGUUGGUUUGUUGGGGUUGCUGGGGGUUUCGUUGAUGGGUUCAGGGAUGGGGUUGAGGGGGGACGCGCGGUGACCGGCACAGCCAUGGCGGGGGGGUAUGUUACAGGUUUGGGGGGG